AUUUUCUUCAACCAAGGUCCCAUAACAUAUUCCUCCCGUGCAAUCGCUCGAAUCACGCCACUCUGCGAACCCCCACGACAACCUUCCAAAUGCACAAUUUGACUUCGUCGCUUGACCCCUUAUACUCCUCGGGUGGGAAGGGCUCCAUGCGAUAUUUCUUUCUCCAUGGAGGUUAUUCCCGGCUACCCUUUCCCGAUGAUGAGGUUUCAGUUGAGGCCAAGGUUCUAGUCUUCAAUGGGCAGGGCAAGAUUGUAUUCGACCACAGCACAGAUGAACCGACCUCGCGGUACCACUUCAUCAACCGCGCCUUGGUAUCCGUCGAUGACCGACAAGACGCCCAUGUACCAGCUAGAAUCUUCGUAGAAACGUUAUUGAAAAACAUUUCCAUUCCCACACUGCUAUUCGCUGAGAUUCCACGGGACCAGGUCAUUGCGGGGGACUCCGAGGAGGAUAGUCAAUUUCUAUACGUCGUCCUCGUCACGUUGGGCCGCACCGGCCUCGAUCAAGCUUCCUUCCAAGACUACGAAUACCUGAAAAGCAUGCUGCACAGCUUCGUGCCGCGCUUCGCGAGGGUCGUCUCCCAGAUCAGCGACGCGUACCUUCCGGGAGACGCUCGCAACCUCUCUGACCAGAUCGCCGGCCUGAUGAUGCCCGACCAGGCGACAGAUGAGACCAAGGAUCUCCGCAAUUUCCUCGCGCUCUACGCCAAGCGAUACGUCCAUGAGGCCUUGAGCGCGGAGGAGAUCCUGAAGCGGUGCUUGAUGCACAUGGUCAAGAUGCCGUUUGAGCUGGAGUCGUCGAUCCGGUAUGGGCUGAUUGUAAAUUGAUUCGUUCGGCCGGGGGUGGGGUGGGCAUUGAGCGGUUAAGUGGACUGGACCUUUGUAGCGUAUCCGACCUUUUGGGGUUUGAUAUAUAUGAUGUGCAUGUCUAUGAGGGUCCUGAAUCCCAAUAGAUAUGUUACUGGGUACUCUGCUCCUGUAUGGUGGGGAUGGGCUGGGAUGCGUCCCGAGACGGCCGAGAUCCGAGAUGGCCGAGG